AUGCCUGGCCCACCAAGGCCUCCCUCUACCCUCCCUACUACGAGGAGGUCAGGUUUGCGGCAACCUGUUCGACGAGCGGGCUCGGCAGCUCCAGAACGCCAUGCGUCGCCCGCGGUAUCUGCGCUGUCUACGCCAUCAGUUCGAUCGUCUACGUUAAGCUCAGCCCGCGCGCCACCACGAAGUCCAGAAAAGUCAAAUCCAGCGGUUAAGCGCAAGGAGAAGGACUUCGAGAGGGAGAUCAGUGAUGACACAAGCAUACACGUGGUAGUCCGUUGUCGCGGUCGAAGUGAUCGCGAGGUCAAAGAAAACAAUGGUGUUGUACUAUCGACACCAGAAGGCGUGAAGGGCAAGACCCUGGAUCUUUCAAUGGGACCGAACGCGGUCUCAAACAAGACAUACGCCUUCGACAAAGUCUUCUCACCAGCGGCUGACCAGACCAUUGUUUUCGAAGAUGUGGUUACCCCCAUUUUGAGCGAGAUGCUAGCAGGUUACAAUUGCACAGUGUUCGCAUAUGGACAAACAGGAACAGGAAAGACAUACACCAUGUCAGGAGACAUGACCGAUACACUAGGCAUAUUAUCUGAUGAUGCGGGUAUUAUUCCGCGCACUCUUUACUCUCUGUUUCAGAAGCUCGAGGGCACAGAGAGCACAGUGAAAUGCUCUUUCAUCGAACUUUAUAACGAAGAACUCCGAGAUCUAUUGUCCUACGACGAUAGCACGAAACUGAAAAUUUUCGAAAACGAGAAGAAAGGAGGACACAGCACAAUGGUCCAAGGGAUGGAAGAGACCUAUAUUGACUCUGCGUCCUCAGGUAUCAGACUGCUGCAAUCCGGCAGUCACAAACGCCAGGUUGCAGCGACAAAAUGUAAUGAUCUGAGUUCGCGAAGUCAUACAAUCUUUACAAUGACCGUUCUCACAAAUCGCACAACUGACUCUGGUGAGAAUUACGUUACCUCUGGCAAGUUGAAUUUGGUCGAUUUGGCUGGAAGUGAAAAUAUCGGACGAAGCGGUGCAGAAAACAAACGCGCGACGGAAGCUGGUCUCAUCAAUAAGAGUCUGCUCACUCUCGGUCGGGUCAUUAACGCACUUGUUGAUAAGAGCUCGCAUAUUCCUUACCGGGAGUCUAAGCUCACACGGCUCCUGCAAGAUUCGCUUGGAGGGCGAACAAAAACCUGCAUCAUUGCCACAGUCUCCCCCGUACGCAACAAUCUUGAAGAAACUAUCUCUACCCUUGACUAUGCCUUCCGGGCAAAGAACAUCCGCAACAAGCCCCAGAUCAACUCAACUAUAUCCAAAGACAAGCUUCUACGAGAUAUAGGAAUGGAAAUUCAAAAGCUCAAGAGCGAGUUGAUUGCCACGCGGCAUCGCAAUGGUGUCUAUAUGACGCCUGACGCGCACGAUGAACUGACCAUGGAAAGUGAAUCACGUCGCAUUGUCAACGAAGAGCAACGCGCCAAGAUCGAGUCCAUGGAAGGCAGUCUCCGACACAAAGUUCAAGAACUGCUCUCCAUUACCGGAAAUUUCAACUCGCUGAAACAGGACAAUGAGGAGACACGGUCCAAGUUGAACGAAACCAAAGAAGUUCUCAACGAGACUGAGAAAUUCUGGAAAGAAACUCAGGAGAAGUUGGACGAAGAGAAGGCUGUGCGCAAGGCCCACCAAAACACGGAAAAGCAGCUCAGGGACAUUGGUGCUGGGCUUGUCUCAACUCUGAAUGGUACCGUUCAAGAUGUGAAUGGAUUGCAUGCGAAGUUGGAUCGCAAGGAUAGCUUGGAGGCAGACAACCGCCAAACGUGGCAGAAUUCGACUGGUGAGGUCUCUGAUGUGACACAGCAAAUUGAUGCUCGCAUGGAGAUCUUCCAGACCCAGCAUGCUAAGCUAUUGCAGGAAAUGUCUGGCAAGAUUCAUCAAUUCGUAGAUCACGAACUGGAUACUGUGAAGUCUACUCGCUCCACCCUGCGGGAUCUUGGUACCUCCUUUGACAAGGUCGAGGCAGAAGCCAAGAACAAUACCUCCAGUGCUCACAGCGCGAUGAACGAAGUUCUGGAGGAGAUCAAGGAUCUACGUGAAGAGGUUAAAUCCAAGGUUGGCGAGGGUCUGAAUGGAUUGUCUGCUGCUGCUGCUCGGAUCUCCAAGGAGGUCAUCGGGGAGUUCUCGGAGUUCCAUUCCCAGCUUCACUCAUCAUACAGCACACUCGGCAAAGACUUCAAGUCCAUGUUCGAGAGCAUGGCAAAGCACCUCGAGGAGCAAAAGUGGGAGGUCAACAGAUUACGCCUAGAGCUGCAGGCAGCUAACCGCCAAACGGUGGAGGCUAAUAGAAAGGCUUCCUCCAACCUCGCACAGGUCCUGGAUGAGGAGCAUGCGAGUGCACAAGCCGAGCGUGAAACUCUUAUGUCUCACAUUCGAGGGCUCCUUGAGGACUCAAACCAACGACAGAAUAACCGCCUCAAAGGCAAAUUCGACAUACUCCGCACAGACAUCUCGGCAUCAGGCGAUUCGCUUGAGCAUGCCACCGCACAACACGAUAGACACAUUGAUGAAUGGAUUUUCAAGGAAGAACAGUUUGCCAAAGACAUUACUGCAUCCAAGGAUGAAAUCAAGACUCGCAUGCAGAACGAUUGGGAGACCUUUGACCAGCGCAACGCCUCGAUUCAGCGGGCAACCGAGUCCGUGCAUCAAGAGACUGUUCGUAUCGUGGAUGCUCAAAUGAGCGACAUGGGCACACAAAUGGAAGCAUUGGAUGAUUUUGUCGCCAAAGCUCGCUCGCAAAAUGGCCGUUUCCACGAAUCACACAUUGGCAGCUUGAAUGCCAUGUCCGAAAAUGUUCGCGAGUCCCGGUCAAAUGUCCACGGUCAACUCGAUGGACUCACUGGACGUGUGGAGCAGCUUCAGGAAGAUGUCAAUACUCAUACAGCAAACUUAGAGCAAAUUAUCGCGCCUUUGCAUGCUGAAGUCCGCCAGCCUCUCUCGACCAUACGCUCUAACAUCCAGUCUCAUCCCAUGAAGGAAUACGUCCCAACAGGUGUAACACCUCAAAAACGUCGAUAUGAGUAUCCUUCCGAACUGCCACAGACCGAACCCCAUGAUGGACUGCGCUCUCGACACCGUACAUCCAAGCAGUUUACUGCUCUCCCAUUCAACGAAGAGGAUCAACAGGACUCCCCUGCUCCCACUUCCCCUCAAAUGGUGGCUUCCCCGGCUAAGAAAUUUGUCUAUAACGAUACCCCGGAAGAGGUAGGCCACCCUCUUCCAUCCGCUACCUCAUCUUCCAACACUGGCCUUAGAGAAGUCGACCUAAACGUCGCCAGACCGGUCGUGUCUGAUGCCGACGACGCACCCUCCAACAAACCCGAAACUCCCGCUUUACCAUCUUCCAUGGACCUAGACGAAACACCUGAAAAGGAAGAACCUGAACCACAGCCUUCCCGGAAGCGCCGUCGCUCAAAUUCUAAUAACAAUCCUGAGAGCAAGCUUCCUAAGACAAUGCUCACGAAGAAGAUGGCUGGUGUGAUGGAGGGUCGUGAGAACAUGCCUCCCGCGGCUGUUGGCGGUCGGAGAUUCAGAAAUCGCACCUCUGACUAG